AGCGAACGUAAUUCACAACACAUUUCCAUUCAGUACUUCCUUUCCAGUCGUGUCGAGACAGACAUCGCAUUCACUCAACCCAUUGUCCGCCUCUUCAGUGGCUGAUUAUCAUCUAAACCAUGGCUAAGAAAGGGUUCGUAAAAGUGGUGAAAAGUAAGGCUUAUUUCAAGCGAUUCCAAGUCAAGUUCAAGAGGAGAAGAGAGGGCAAAACCGAUUACUACGCUCGCCGUCGGCUCGUAGUGCAGGACAAGAAUAAAUACAAUACACCGAAGUAUCGGCUGAUCGUUAGGUUCACCAACAAAGACAUCAUAACACAGAUCGCGUACGCGAAGAUCGAGGGCGACGUCAUUGUGUGCGCCGCUUAUGCCCACGAACUGCCCCGAUAUGGC